GCACUGAUUUUUAUCCACAAUCCGUUUAGUGGAAACACUCCGCUGGUGGGAAAAUGCGCAUAGUUUCUUUAUGCAGAUUCUAGAAAAUUCGCAUGAAAAACUGUCGCUAAUUGGAUGGAAACCUAUCCACUGAUUCAAUUGAUUAAGGAACUUGUUGGGAUGGAGAGGAGGUGAUGGAGGACUGCCUCCUUGGUUACUAAGUAACGUAACCAUACAAACACUACCUCCAACAGAUCACAAUGCGGAAGGGCUUGAACUCAAAAGCAACCAGUGGAAAGUUAGCAAUCACCUCAGUUGCUCUUCAAGACCAUAUCGCACGAAACUUGCAGCUUCAGAAUUUGUCACUGUGUGACCCUGUGAAGACAAGAUGGUGCCGAAGAGCCGCCACUGAAACACACUGCAAACGAAACCAUGGAACUGUGACACAGAAAGGGCCCCAGCAACACGAUGGAGAGGAGAAAGAGUAUGUGCUUGACCCAGCAGCUCCACCACUGACAUUAGCCCAGAAACUGGGUUUGGUGCAGUCCCCAGCCAGAAAACUGACAGUAGAUGAAUGGAGUCAGGUCAAGUCGAGGUCUAUUCAUGAAGGGGACUCCAAGCAGCCCUGUGUGAUCUGCAGGGAGGAGUUUCGCUUACAGACUCAGGUUUUGCUCUCCUGCUCCCAUGUGUUUCACAGAGCCUGUCUGCAGGCCUUUGAGAGGUUUUCAGGCAGGAAGUGCUGUCCUAUGUGCAGGAAGGAGCAGUAUGAGACCAGAGUGAUUCACGAUGGAGCUCGCCUCUUCAAAGAGAGGUGUGCCAUCAGAAUUCAAGCGUGUUGGCGUGGCUAUGUUGUUCGGAAGUGGUACGGACAUAUGAAGAAAACAGUUCCCCCAAAAGACAAACAGCUACGACGAAAAUUCUUUGAGACAAAGUUGCAGGAGUUGAAUGACAGCUUUGUCCAAUACUGUCAUAUGGACGUAGAGGCUUUCCUGAACGAUAUCAACCAGUCGGUGUCAUCAAGCAGAAGAGUGUUCCAUCAGUUUGAGAGAGAGCACGUCUCGGAGCCGCAGGAAGACGACUGGCAAAAAAUACAGGAAAAGGUCAUCCAGAGAGAUACACAGGACUGUCCCAUCUGUCUCACCGCUCUGUGCAGCGCCAGACUAGAGCCGGAGGCAGGGAGGACACUCGCCCAACACCACAGCAACAGACGCACUGUGCUCCUGUCCUGCUCACACCUCUUCCACCAGCCCUGCCUGGAAGCCUUCGAAGCCUUCUGUGUGGAGGGCCGACCUACAUGUCCUCUGUGCAGGUCUCCCUACCACAAAAUACUGGUCUGACCUCAGAAUAGUUGAUAUAGAACUUCACAAUAUGAAAGAUAGUUGGAUGUAAGUAAAACAUAUACACUCCCCUACGUAUGUAUUUGGACAAUGAAGCAAAAACUUUUAAUUUGGCUCUAUAAACCAGUAUUUUGAAUAAGAUCAAAUAUCUUAUGUGUAUUUAUAUACAUGUUUCACUGUUUAGAAAUUGAAGUACUUUGUGUCUAGUCCCCCCCAUUUGAAGGUGUCAUAACUAUUUGGACAAAUUCACUUAGUGCAUUAAAAUGUCAAACCUUUAGUAUUUGGUUGCACAUUUCUAGAACGCAAUGACAUCAAGCUUGUGACUCUCCCAACUUGUUUUAGAUUAUGUAAUGUUAUGAGUCACUUUUUGUAAAUAAGAAUAGAAUGUUUCUAAACACUUCUACAUUAAGGUGGAUGCUACCAUGAUUACGAAUUAAAUCGUAAAUAAUGAGGAAGUUGGAUGCAUAUUGUGGCUUCAAAGUAUUCAGAUUCCUUGACUUUCCACAUUGUUAGGUUACAGCCUUCUAAAAUGGAUUAAAUAAAUAAUCCUCAGCAAUCUACAGAACACCCCAUAAUGACAAAACAAAGUAAAAAAAAAAGUGUUUAUAUUACUUUAUUGGAGUCCA